AUGGAAGCCAUGAUCAAGGGAGAGAUGGGAAGCGUAUGGGAUAGGCUCGGCAAGGUUGAAAGGACCCACAAACCACUUGCCCCCUCAUUUUUCGGAGACAAAAUCCCUCUCCCUUAUAUCAAGGCACUCCUCAAAGCGACUAUUGUCAGCCUCACGUAUGACCACCUUGAUAGUUUUUGCUAUGCCAUUGAUGGCCAGGAGGGGAAUGAGGCGACCAAAUACAGACUCUUCCGAACUACCUUGAAAGGAGCAGCCCUGAACUGGUUCAAACAGCUGAAUCUCGAAUCCAUCGGCUCGUUUGCCCAGCUGCGUUGGGCAUUCCUGGACAGGUACAUGAUCAUAUCAAGUCGGUUAUAUACUGCUACUUAUCUCUCGAAUAUACGACAGAGAAAGGAUGAAUCCCAACGAGAUUAUGUCACCCAUUUUAACAAAGAAUAUUCUCGCUGCGAGGGUUGUGACGAGGCAACGGCUUAUAAUGCUCUCAUGAGAGGCUUCUAG